CUAGCCAGAACCUCUGCUGCUUUACUGCUUGGGAAGAAGGCGGGCGAAUUUAAAACUAGCGCAGAUUCGUUUAUAUCAAUGAGACAACAUUUUGUGUUUCUACUUUGAUAUUAUCUUAUAUGACACUGUGGAAUCUUACUGGCUAGCAGCAGUUUCCUUUAGUUUCUCGAUCUGUGUAGUUUUGCAAAAUGAGCAACAAAACCCCACGAUCAACUUCGAGAGAAAGCAUCGAUCCUAUCAGAAAGUCAAAUGGAGGGAGUCCCCCAAGAAGGAGGUCUUCCAGGUUGUCAGCAAAUGAUGAAAAUCUUACCUCUAAAGUUGUGGCGCCGCCACCAGUAGCUGUAAAAAGAUCAAUCUGUGUGAGAAAAAUUGCACCCAGGAAAACGCAGGCCCCAUCUGAAAGUAACAAGGAAAAUGCAGAACAGUUGUUGGAAAAGUCAGCGAAGAAGUCCAAAACCUUGACACCAGCUCCAGACACAUCAACUGCACGCAAGACAAAAAUCUUAUCUCCGAUUUUGCCUCCUUCAUCUCCAUCAUCUCAGCCCAGAGAAUUCGAGCAGGACCUUGUAUGGUCUCAGAGAGUUCGGCGUUCCUACAGCCAGCUGAGUGUGGGAGACAAGUCCUUCGAAAGCCCCAAAUCCCAGCCUGCCUCUUCUUCUUCUUCUCCCAACAGCCGAGAGAACCUGUUUGGGUUUGAAAGGCUUCAGACGCCAGAGGUGAUGCAUAAAAAAGAACGGUCCAAGGUAGCACUGCAGAGCUCCAUGUCAUUCAGUAUGGGUUCUUUUAACAUCUCUGCUGCUGAUGAUAGUGCUAGCAACCCUCCUGAAGUAGAUACGAACAUCCCUGGCAUCUGUAUGGUGAAAAAGACCAGGCGGAAGCGGGUCCAACAGAUAAAGAUGUCAGAGUUGGAUGAUCUUGCCGCACAAAUGAACGCAGAGUUUGAAGAGGCUGAAAAGUUUGAACUUGUGACGGAAUGACGUUUUUCAGGAGCUCCAUUCAUUCAGGAUAUUUUGUACACAACAUCCUUAUGAACACUUGGCUCAAUUAUUGUUUAGUACUUCUAAAGGUUUUUCUUGUAUGCAAAAUCUUGAGUAAUUAAAAUGUGUUAUGUUCUUAGGACAUCAAACAGUUUUGUUGUUCAUGUACAAUACAUGAUUCUUCUAAAACACAGUGGAAUUGUGUUAACAUCAAAGGUAUUUUUUGUUAUUUUAUUGUUUUUCAUACUCAGGAUCAGUAGAAAGUCGUUUUGCCCCAACACUUUUUCUGAUGUUCUUUUAAACUUUUAUCUUUCUGUUGUUUCCUAAAUAUUAAUGUCUUUUUACUAUCGUUAGUGGCCUGUUCAUUUAAUCAAUUACAUUUUCAUAGGCAGUGGAAUAGUUAAUCGUUAGGUUAAGGUUUAAAAGUAUACAACUAAACUACUUCUGUAAAUUACAUAAAGAUAAUUAUCAGAAUAUAAAUAAUGUCUGUCUUUAUAAAAGAAAAGCAGUUUCUGUUCCCACUAUGCUUGAUGGUAGAAACAUCUUGGGCUAAAUUUGUUUAAAAUCAAAAAUCUUUUUUUUCUACUUUUGGCUUUGAUACAGAAAAAUGGAUGUAAAGCUUUAUGGUAUUAAACGAAAUAAAAAGCCUGUAUCGUCAUUGUACUGUAUAGCUAUGUAUACAACAAAAUUGUAAAAAAAAGUGCUGUUCCUGACUGGUGUUAAGAAACAACACAUGAUGCAAUAUAAACAACAACUUAUUAAAUAAAUAAAACUGUACAGUGAGUUAUGAGUUU